CGAAGUUUAGCAUUGGCAGAAUGGGAAAUGUUAAUGACAAUGCAACACCAACGGGGAAUGCGUUUACCACUCAAAGGAAGGAAAUACGCAAGGCAAAUUCUCCGAGAACAGUGAGGUGUCCGCUGUAUCCUCAAGCGGAACACACUGUUGGUCGAAAUGGAGCCAAAGAGGGGUCGAUUGAUCGGGACACUAGAACGGAAGAAAGCGUUUCCGUUGAUCGUGCUGGGCGCAAGCAGAACCAUGAAACUGUUGCUUUGCCAGUGAUAAGAGAAGAGGUCGUGAUAGGGGAUGCAUCAGCCUCUGAAAAUUCUCUCACGCGUGAGGAUGAGGUAGCAGCGCGAGAGGAAGGAAAUUUUGGUGAAGUGCAGGAAGGAACAGAUCGCAUUUUUGCCGUAAAAAGUAUCUGUUACUUCUGUGUCAGGACAAAGGAAUGAUGCGGUGUACCCCCCGCCUCCUUUUACGUUUGCUGUAGGUGAAGCGGCGAACUACCUGUCACCAUUUACUCGGUCGGUCGGUAGGGAUUUGACGAUGGACCGACAUCGACAUAUGACUCGAGUGCAAGUGUUCGCGGGGGCAAGGGCGACCAAGAUGAUGUCGUGGGAGGCUCUGUUGGAUACGGGAAGUCCGGCAUCGUUUGUACAAGAAAGUGGCGUUCAGACGGUUGUGGCAGAGGGUGCCUCCGCACAUUCGAGACGUCCAUUUCGACUUCAAUGCGAAACUGUGGGAGCCGGAGGACAUUGACAAACUAAGGACGAGGCAGAACACGUGCGCGACCUGGAGAGGUUUUUCGAGCGCAUGGUCAAGUUCAACCUGAAACUGGCACCCAAGAAGACGAACCUAGGGGUGAAGGUGGUGACGUUCUUGGGACAUCAAGUCACGGCGGAAGGGAUCGGGCCGGGCCCGGAAAAGGUCAGACCGCUGCGUGAAGUGCCAAUGCCCACUAAUGUUGGCCAGUAGCGAUCGUUGCUGGGGUCCUUGUCGUACUAUCGAAAGUUCCUGAAGAACACGUCGGCAAAAUUGAAACCGAUCAGUGCGAUGCUGAACAAGGGGGCGAAGUUUACGACCACGGCUGAUCAUGUGGCAGUAGUGAGGAAAAUGAUGGAUGCUCUGUCUGGCCCUGAAGUUCUGGCAUUUCCGUGUUAUGAAGGUGCAACCUCGGGAAAGCGGCCGUUUUGGUUAACCGCUGAUGCGUCGAUUUCGGGCUUGGGAGCCGUAAUCGAGCAAGAGCAACGCGAUGGAAGUAUUAGACCGCUAUGCAUUUUGAGCAGAUCAUCAUUCGCGAAUGAAACGAGAUUGAGUCCGACUGAGCUUGAAGCGGGUGCGAUAGUGUGGGCGAUAAAGAAGAAUCGAACACUAUUUUGGUUUAAUGGCAUCCCCUUUGAAGUGUACAGCGACCACCAACCCUUACGGAAAUUGGGGAGUUUGGCAGAGAAAAAUGAUCGCGUACAGAGGUGGUAUGACUUCCUGUCAGCGUACACGUAUGAACAGAAGUUUCGACCAGGGCGAGAGGAUGCAAAUGCCGAUUUGAUGUCACGGCUGCCAUUACCUGCGACGAAAGAGGAUGAGGCACCAGAUGUCAGGCUAACUGGUCCGUCUGAUCUCGAUCUUUGUAUGAUAGGUGCGAGCGGGGUGCUACCUU